GUCUCUCAGAUGCAGAUCGCAGCCCCCGCCAGCUUGGCGCUGCAGGCAAGCCUCUUUGAGACACGCUUCUUGCUCGACCCGCUUCUACAGCCGUUGUUUGCCCAGCCUGAUGGCCCUGGCGCGGUUAUCACAGCGGCUCUUGCCUACAUGCAGCUGAUGCAGAGCACUCGGCUGGACAACAACGAGAUUCCCGCUGGGGCACUUGCCACUGAGCCUAUGGAUACCGCGAAGGUCACUAAGUACAUGGCAGUCUUCGAUGGCACGACACAGCACAUGGGUCACCCUUUGCAGUCUGAGGUGCUGCUGUUCCUGAUGGUCAGUGCCACUGAGAAGAUGUCGUCCGAAGAGAUCUUGUCAUCCACAGAAGGGGCUGAAGUGAGAAAGAUGGUCAAGAGGUGCUUUGGCGAGAAACACAUGAUGAGCAAAGACAAGCUCAUCCAGGAGAGUCCUGCCCUUGUGGGGCUGAUCAGGGAGUUCGAUCAUGCUGUCUUCUGGCCAACCUGGUACUGGUUGCUCCUUGGCUACCUGGCCGACUGCGUCCUGGCUGCAGCGAAUGACGAAGACACUCGCAUUAUUCAUGAGAGGCUGAAGGCUCUUAUUGACAACUCCGCACCAACUUUGGGCUACAUCAGGAUCUUCCUCUCGGAGAGGGAUGGAGUCGUCGCCCGUCCUCCCUAUCUGGACACAGCGCACGAGGCCUUGGUUGCCCGGGUGGCAACUUUCCAAGUGGUUCCGUGGCACCACACUCAGACCCGGGCCCUAUUCGUCGCGAGGUGCCUGACUGCCGCAAUGGAGGUGAACUACUGCCCGGAGAUCGAGUCCCAUUUCAACCUGCUCAUCAUUGCCUUGGACGAGCUGCAGCACGACCUGGCGGACCCGUCCAUGAUAUUGUCCCAGCACGCCUUCAUGCCCGGAGCUGUGGAGCCUGCGAGGUGCACGCGUGAGCCUUUCUCCUUGCGCCACCCGCAGCUCAGCACCUAUAUCUGCGACAUUGCGUACAUGCUGAAGAAGGCUAAGCCCGAGCUCGCGAAGGCCAGGUUCGCGGACUCAGGGCGCUCCAUGAAGGCAGUGGCCUGUGCCAAGAACUUCAACGCCUGCGCUAGGAACACCAGGGUCAUCGGCUCUGGCGCGUUCCCUUUGGCUGAGGCCCUGGCCAACGCCCAAGUCGCUAGCCCAGCCGCGGUGGGCGACCUGCUGAUGGCCAUCGCGAACUUCCAGAGGGUCCCCGAUGCCGCUGAGAUGAACGUCUUCAGUGCUUACGUCGGAG